UUAUACCAUGGUUAAAACCCAUGCUUUAUCCGUGUAGUCCUGUCGCGAUUUCGCGCCUUAUUUAUGGCUGAUAAUGUGGCAAUAAAUUGUGAGAGAAUAGUGACAUACGUAUUAUAAUGUAAAUAAAAAAUUUGUAGCACUAUCGAUAUGUCUGCAAUAUUGUUGAAAAAAAGUCUUAAGAAAUUAUUCGGUCAUGAUGAUUUCAAAAGUGACACCCAAAGACAUGCAACCCUUGCUGUUUACGAAAGAAAGAAAGAUGUGUACAUCUGUAUGCCGACAGGGUCAGGGAAGUCGUUGUGCUUUCAACUGCCAGCAGUUCUCCAGGAGAAUAAAGUUGCACUAAUUUUUUCUCCAUUGAUAGCUUUGAUAAAGAAUCAAGUCGACAUUUUACAGUCUUUGAAAAUCAAUGCUAAAUGUCUCAAUUCUAAGACACCUUUGGAAGAAAAAACUGCGAUACUGAAAGAUUUGCAGUCAAAAAAACCCCGAAUCAAGAUGUUGUAUAUCACACCGGAAAUGGGUGCUACGCGCACUUUUGAGAAUGUGGUAAUGGAAUUGCACAACUCUGAAGUAAUUUCAUACAUCGUGAUCGACGAAGCUCAUUGUUUGAGUCAGUGGGGUCACGAUUUUCGACCCACUUAUAGGCAAUUGGGACGAUACAGAGAAAUAUGUCCUGAUAUUCCGAUGAUAGCUCUAACAGCAACGGCUGAUAAAGAGGUAGUUGAAGACAUAUUUGGAACGUUGAAAAUGAAGAAUCCACUCAAUUUUGCACUUCCCGUAUUUCGCCAAAAUCUCUAUUACGAUGUCUGGUUCAUUGAGUCCUUGGCGAAUCCAUAUGUGCACUUGAAAAACUUCAUAAUAGAUGCAUUAGGGCCGAUGAAUGAGUCAGUUCCAAAAGAAAAGCGAAACUGCGGCAUCAUUUAUUGCCGCAAGAAAGACGACACUGAACUUUUGGCUGAGAAAUUAAGUUCAAUGGGCAUCACAACUUUGGCUUAUCAUGCAGGACUCACAAAUAAAGUCCGUAAUUCAACUCAGAAUAGGUGGACUGUCGGAGAAGUGCCGGUUAUCGCAGCAACUUGCAGUUUUGGAAUGGGAGUCGACAAGGGAUCUGUCAGGUUCGUUGUGCAUUGGACGGUGCCUCAAACUGUUGGCAGCUAUUAUCAGGAGUCUGGAAGGGCAGGAAGAGACGGAAAACCGGCGUUCUGUCGGAUUUAUUUCAGUAAAGCUGAAAAUGGCGUGAUUAGCUUCAUCUUGCGUAAUGCCAAGGACGAAAAUACUCAAUUAGCAGUUUCCAAGUGGAAGAGCUUUGAAAAAAUGGUUUCUUACUGCACGGAGGCAAAAUGUCGUCAUGCUGUAUUUUCAAAACAUUUUGGCGACAAGCCACCAGCUUGUGUAAACCAAUGCGAUAGCUGUGAAAAUCGAAAGACAGUUGAGCAACGUAUUGAUCAGUUCGUAAACUGCAGUUCCAAUGUUCAAAGGCCAAUGAAGAAUCAGGCCAACGAUGGUUUCGGUCUUGCUAAGUUUGACACAUUCGCGGCAGAUACUGAUUCUGACGGCGAUGGAACAUCCAGCGAUGCAAUCACGGCGCAAGAGAAACGCGAAGCUAGAGAAUUGAUUCAGCAACAAUUCGCUUUACGCAGAGGAAAACAAAAAUCUGUUACGCCGAAAACACAGAGCACUUUGGCUGUGUUAAAAUCAAAUGUCCAAUCCGCUGAUGCAACUGCUGUUAAAGUGAAGGGCUUGUCUAUUGAGUUGCGGGAACAUUUUUACAAGUUAUUGACUGAAGAAUUGACGAAAAAUUGGAAACUUUUCAAAAAUCACCAAGCAUUGAUUUCGUUCACUGAAAACGAUAUUAAUUCCUUGGCAAAAAAUCUCGAAUAUUCAAUUUUUGGCCGCACGACCGCCGUCAAUGUCUACAAAAUUAACAUUGCAAAAUUGGUUUAUACAUUGACAAAGUCAAACCGUGCGCAGGUCCUUGAUGCUAAUUUGGAACACUAUAAGCCAAAUACAACUAAUAUUUCAGCCUACCAAGUAUCGAACAAACCAAAACUAGGCAAACAAGAAGCUUCGAGUUCCUCCAACGGCUUUGUACUUGCCAAAGAUAUUUACAAUAAUUCUAAACAACCGGAAAACAAGAAAAAGUCAAACAAAAAACCGACGAUAUCUGAUUUCAUGAUCAAAUUGAAUGAUCCAAAAGUGGAUCGGUCAAAAAUCAAACAUGAAAACGAAUCUAAAAUUGCUUCAGACAUCGCCAAAAAUUUAAAAACUCAUCACUCCGAUAAAACGAGUGACAAGGAUAUUAGCAAAAAGCGAAAAACUGAUGCAAUAACAAUAAUUGACUUGGUGUCUAACAGUUCAAAGAAGAUAAAGUCGGAAACGAUUGAAAUAGUUGAAGAAAACGUUCAUUUAUCAAAAAAUCGAACGGAUCAACUCAAUGUGCUCGACGAUGAUUGUAGAAAACCAUUAAAUGAUAAAAGCAUUGAUAUUGAUGACAGUAAAAGUAAUUUCAGGAAUGUUGACGGCACAAAAAAAGACAACGGAUCAUCUUUCGAUGGUGUUUCUGUAUCUAAGGAUAGUGUUGCGCAGAAAUUAGAAAACAAGGCAGGACUUUCAAAGACAAGUGCAGUAAGCAAAAGCACGUCGGUAUCAAUAGAAAAAAUAUCGGACGUUGAUGUGCCUGAAAGACGGAAAUCCCACAGGAAAUCAACGGGAAUUCAUAAGCAUUCAGUUGAUAAAUGCAGAGGAGACAGUCAUGCCAAAAACUGCGAAGAUCUACUUUCAUCAAUCAAAAGCGCACUAAACCCUUAUUACAAAGAUCAGUUCAUCCGGGACAAAGAAGCCUUCAAAACAAUCGCAAAAUCCAUUCACACGAAUUUGAAAACUAAUCGCACUUACGAUCGGCGAGAGAUUAGUGCGAUUGUGUUGGAGUACAUGACGAAUAUCAGUCGAAAAUAGCGUCGGCGUUUAUCAGUAUUCCGAAAUUUCGUAUACAUAAACGAGUUGUGAAAGUUGAUCAGAGGUGAGUUGUUUCAAAUGUUAAUAAAAUUGGUGGAGUCGAGUUCCUACCAAGAAAUACAUCAAUUUCCGCUUAUUUUCAACCCAGUACUGUGAUAUAUGUAAUUGCUCUUGUGUAGAUAAAAUAAUAAUAAAUUAUUAUUCAAAACAAUAUGUAAAAUUGUUUCUUUCUGUCUGGUCGAAACAGUGCACUGUUUAUUCAAUUUACAAAGAAAUAAAUAAUCAUUCAAUUAUACUAUGGAAUUAAUAAAGGGAUUAAUAUCAAACCCUUUACGAGCAAUGGAAUGCCUGAUAUCAUCAUGAUCAUUAUCAUCAUCAGCAUCAUCAUUAUCAUUAUCAUCAAUAAACACAAGUAAAUAAUUUACGUACACAAUAAUCGAAAAAUUAAGUCGAAGACGUACAAACGUAAUUCCAUCUCUUCUCUUAUUGCAAUAACAAUAUUAAUAAAAGUAA